GAAACGAUAGCGGCAGGGGAAGGCGGCGAAGAAGAAGAAUAAUGACGGGAAUGCUAAACGGAAAAUAGAAGGAACAGAGUCCUGUUAAGUGAACGUUAAAUUAACGCUGUUACCGCGAAAUAUUAACAUCGAACAUAGCUGCAUUACAUUGGUUAAAGUAUGACAGAGCCUCAGUCAGCGCUGUUACUCAGGAGACAGCUUGCAGAGCUGAACAAAAACCCAGUGGAGGGAUUCUCAGCAGGCCUGAUUGAGGAUAGUGAUCUCUACAGAUGGGAAGUCCUUAUCAUUGGGCCUCCAGACACCCUGUAUGAAGGUGGUGUGUUUAAAGCUCAUCUGACCUUUCCCAAAGACUACCCUCUCAGGCCACCUAAAAUGAAAUUUAUCACAGAUAUUUGGCACCCUAACGUUGACAAGAACGGCGAUGUAUGUAUUUCUAUUUUACACGAGCCUGGAGAGGACAAAUAUGGCUACGAGAAACCAGAGGAGCGCUGGCUGCCUAUCCACACUGUGGAAACCAUCAUGAUUAGUGUUAUCUCUAUGCUGGCAGACCCAAACGGUGACUCGCCAGCCAAUGUCGAUGCUGCAAAAGAAUGGCGGGAGGACAGACACGGCGCAUUCAAAAGGAAAGUUGCCCGUUGUGUACGAAAAAGCCAAGAGACUGCGUUUGAGUGAUGCUCAGCACGGAUCUAGCUUCAUGUUUUCAGGGUCUCCAAUUGAAAAUCAACACGGCACUGUUUCCUGCACUCUUCCACCCUGUCGCCAGGCUUGUCCUCCUUUAUUUUGGCAGGAACAGACUGGCUACUGUAGGCUGCAAUAGAAACAUAACAGUGACUACCAAGGCUGACAGAAAAUCGCCAAGCAAGUGCCAACUGAAAAAAAGAAAACAAGAAAAAAAACCCAGAAGAUGAUAAAAGAUUUUUCAAGGCUAUGAACUGCUUCAACAUUCAGGAAGAUAUUGUAAAGACAUGUAUAUAGCACAGACUAAACCGGAUAAUAUAUACGCUCCCUUUCCAUCCAUCCAGACAUUUAGACCAAAUGAAAUAGCGCUGGUUCAUUUCUUUUGUCCAUUUUCCUUCUCUCAGCCCCGGCAUGGAUUAGUUCUCUUUAGAUUGUUUUCAUAGGAGCCGUUAACACGAAUGCUUUUGGAGGAAUGUCACCUGUGAAGAGCUUGUUCAGUUCAAGCAAGACGUGAAUGAUGUGACUAAGGAAUACACAGCUGUUCUCUGGGUCCUUUAUUGCUCAGGACUCAGCAUCACAGGCACCUGAAUGAUUUUUCUUUCUAUAUUCAGUCUUACACACCCCCUCGUUUUUUUUGUGCAUGCUAAAUUUUGUUGGUCUUUUCUUUUCAAAAGUGCCUCCUAAUAAAAAGCUCGGCCACUUCAUCCUGCGUUGAUAAAGUCUUAAAAAUGCCAAAAAAAACAGGCAAAUAUAGAAAUUGUGUACCACCUGUAGUAUGACUUAGCCAGUAUACAGGGACUGUAUAAUUAGGUAACAAUUUGGUGUAGCAAUAACCCCCCUAGUUUGGAGUGUACACAUUCAUUUUUGAUAUCCUGAUAAAAACGUGUCGUUCUCCUCAGAUAUUGUUUUAUUUUUUAGCAGCGCCUCUCUCCAUCAUCUGUAUCGUCCUCGGUAGGAAUUGUUAUGCAUGCUUUGUUUUAUGGUUUUGUUGGUUUUCUGCUGAAUGUUUCUGGGAUUUUGUUUGCGGACGUUUGAGUGCUUGUGUAUACAGCGUGUACGCCGGUUUUGUUUUGUCGCUCUUUCCUCUCAUCGACAAAUUCAUCAUUACUCUGCUCACUAUUGCAGUUUUGCCUAAUGUAUAAAGACAAAAUACUGAUGUAUAUUUUUCAUGUUAUGAAACUUGUCACCUGUAGUGAGUUCUUCUAAAACAUGACUUUUUUUCAAUAUUUAUCUGCGUUCUUGAGGUUUGCUUUGGCUUACUCCAAUGUUCACGUAUUUUCACAGCGGCCUGGAAUAUUAAACAGUAUCCACUAAUGAUUGCAAACAUUUGGACAGAUGAGAACUAUAUUUCCUGAGAGAAAGAGAGGUCAGUCUUCAGAUAUUUUUGUACAAUAUUUCUUAAAUAUUAGAUUUGGGGGAUUUGAGUUGUUUUGCAGCCAAAACUACAAAAAGAUUGGAGCAGUUAAACCGUACACCAAAUGGACCCUGUGAUCAUAUCACGAAGCGUGCUGACGUUUCAGGCUCCACAACAAUAGCGUGAGCUCCCAGUUUAGCGUACCCUGUGCUGUUCUCUUCACAGGUGAGCGCAGGUCUACACUGAGUGACAGGUGUGGACGAGUCUGGUGACACUUUGGCGAAUGUUAUGCUUCCUGCAUCAUCAUCAUCAUCCAACCAGUUUGACAGUGGGUCAGUAAUGGUCUGGCGAGCCAUUUUCAUGGGCGGUUCCACAAACGUGUUAAACAACAGUAUGAGCGUUCGAAUCUCAGUUUCCUUGUCAGAUAUGAUGGUGCAGUGGGUUAGUGGGUUCCUCCUGGUGCACCACAGCUUCACUGAAGGCAGGUCCUGGACAAUGAGGGCACUGAUUCCAUUGACUAGCCGUCCCGUUCCUCAGACCUGAAGCACCACAGACUGCCCAAUAGCUCACUGAUGCCUUGUUCCAGGUUUGGGAGUACAACCCUCAAGACGACAUCCACUGUAGGAUUGUCAGGAGUGUGUAUUUCCAUGUGGGGACUAUAGACAUGGCUGAGCCACAUGAGCCUGCUUAAAGUUUAAUUUUUGGUGUGAUUUUGUUCUCUGCCAAUGACAUGCUGACUAUUUUGUUCCAACUCUGAUGCAUGCUGUAAGUGUUCCAGUAUUUUUAUUCAGCACUAUGUUUUAGCUAAGUGUGUUUCAA